AUGCAUGGAAAUCGGAAUGCGAUGUGCGUUCGGCUUAUAAUGAGCGUCGUUCACGAGAGGAGACUCUCGGAGCGCUGUUUAAAUAACAAUUCGUUGGCAGUGAGAAGCGGUGAGUCCGCAGCGUGGUCGCGGGACAGAAACUCGAUCGGGGUGUGCGGCGCACGCAAGGGGUGCGCGCGUCGACGCCCCACUUGCUGCUACCGAACGCAGGCGUGA